AUGAUGGAGAAUUUUGAGCUACCACCAACAUACGACAGUUUGGGAUUUCACGUCGAGGAUGAGAAGAAAGUCGAUCCGUUUAAAGUGACCGAGAAGACGCUCACCGUAAAGAGAAAUUCAUUGACAAUCGAAACACAAUUGGAUUUGCUCCAACAGCGAGGACCAUUCUAUUAUGGUUGUCCGUCGUGUUUCUAUUUAACAUGCUUUGUUUUUGUGGUUAGCACUGGACUUGUAUUGCUUGGCAAAUUUUACUUCUUUAAU